UGAACAUGGCGGGUACAGAGGAGAAGAAAGUGCCAUCUGUGCCAGAAAGCCUUUUAAAAAGGCGAAAGCAGUUUGCAGCUGCAAAGCUCAAGAGAGUCAAAAAGAUCGUGGCUGAAAAAAAGCUUCGCAAACAGAAGAGGAAGAUCAUUUUUAAGAGAGCUGAAGGCUACUACAAGGAAUACAGGCAAAUGUACAGGAAAGAAGUUCGUCUGGCCAGGAUGGCUCGUAAAGCUGGAAACUUUUAUGUACCUGCAGAGCCCAAGCUCGCUUUUGUGAUCAGAAUUAGAGGUAUUAACGGAGUCAGCCCCAAGGUACGCAAAGUACUGCAACUUCUCCGCCUGCGUCAGAUCUUCAAUGGAACCUUUGUAAGGCUUAACAAGGCCAGCAUAAACAUGCUGAGGCUGGUGGAGCCCUAUAUUGCAUGGGGUUACCCAAAUCUGAAGUCUGUGCGCCAGCUGAUCUACAAACGUGGGUACCUUAAGAUUAAGAACCAGCGUAUCCCUCUGACUGACAAUUCCCUCAUUGAGAAACACCUUGGCAAGAAAGGCGUCAUGUGCGUUGAAGAUCUGAUCCAUGAAGUCUACACCGUUGGCAAAAACUUCAAGGCAGCAAAUAACUUCCUGUGGCCCUUCAAACUGUCCUCUCCCAGGGGAGGAAUGAAUAAGAAGACAACACACUUUGUGGAAGGUGGUGAUGCUGGCAAUAGGGAAGACCAGAUAAACAGGCUCAUUAGAAGGAUGAACUAAAGGUUUUCCCAUGAUGCCUUCAAGUCUGUCUGUUAAUAAAAUCUGGUUUAAAACAA